UAUAGGCCUUGAAGCUCAGCAGAUCCUUUCAGAGAAAUAUUUGAAAUAAAGGCCAACAGAUAGGGGACGCCGGCAAAAUCAGUUGGAGAGGUUGAGGGGCCAAUAACCUCUGGCUGCGGAAUCACUGCAAUCUGGCCUGUGUUUGCUGAUGAUAAUGCGCCUUUCCAAAGCCCUGAUAGACAUGGAGAUGGCAGAUUAUAGUGCGGCUUUAGACCCGGCAUACACGACUCUGGAGUUUGAGAACAUGCAAGUCUUGGCAAUAGGCAACGACACCUCCCCUUCUGAAGCAGCAAACCUCAAUGCGUCCAACAGCAUCGGGGCCAGUGCGUUGUGUGCCAUUUGCGGAGAUCGUGCAACGGGGAAACACUAUGGGGCCUCCAGCUGUGACGGCUGCAAAGGGUUUUUCAGGAGAAGCGUCAGAAAGAAUCACAUGUAUUCCUGCAGGUUUAACAGGCAGUGUGUUGUAGACAAGGACAAAAGAAACCAAUGUCGAUACUGCAGGCUAAAGAAAUGUUUUCGAGCAGGAAUGAAGAAAGAAGCUGUACAGAACGAACGCGACCGAAUCAGUACUCGGAGGUCCAGCUACGAAGACAGCAGCUUGCCGUCCAUUAACGUGUUACUGCAAGCAGAAGUUCUCUCACAACAGAUAUCAUCGUCACCAAUUUCAGUGAUCAAUGGUGAUAUCAGAGGGAAGAAGAUCGCGAAUAUUGCAGACGUCUGCGAGUCCAUGAAGCAGCAGUUGCUAGUGCUAGUGGAAUGGGCCAAGUACAUCCCGGCCUUCUGUGAGCUUCCUCUGGAUGAUCAGGUGGCUUUGCUACGGGCCCAUGCAGGGGAGCACCUGCUACUGGGAGCCGCCAAGAGGUCGAUGGUGUUCAAAGACAUCUUACUCCUAGGAAAUGACCACAUAAUCCCCCGUAAUUGUCCAGAGUUGCUGGAGAUCAGUCGUGUGGCUGUACGCAUCCUGGAUGAGCUAGUGCUCACCUUCCAAGAGCUUCAGAUUGACGAAAACGAAUACGCAUGUUUGAAAGCCAUCAUCUUCUUUGAUCCAGAUGCUAAAGGGCUGAGCGACCCCAUCAAGAUCAAGCGAAUGCGGUACCAAGUUCAGGUCAGCCUGGAGGACUACAUCAAUGACCGGCAGUAUGAUUCACGGGGACGCUUUGGGGAACUCCUCCUCCUCCUGCCCACCCUCCAGAGCAUCACUUGGCAGAUGAUUGAGCAGAUCCAGUUCGUUAAGCUCUUUGGCAUGGCCAAGAUCGACAACCUUCUGCAGGAGAUGCUGCUAGGAGGGUCAUCGAGUGACACUCCUCACGCUCAUCACCAUGCUCUUCAUCCGCACCUGAUCCAGGAGAACCUGGGGACAAACGUGAUUGUGGCCAACACAAUGCCUGCUCAGAUGCACAACGGGCAGCUGUCCACUCCCGAAACUCCCCAGCCUUCCCCACCCGCUGGCUCAGGAGCUGAACAAUACAAACUGCUUCCUGGGGCCAUUGCAACUGUGGCCAAGCAGCCUAGUUCAAUCCCUCAACCCGCCAUCACGAAGCAAGAGGUCAUCUAGCAUCCAACCAAAUGAAUGUAUCAGAUGCCACAAAGACCAUGAUGAGGGAGACAAACCCUUUCUCAUUCCCGUUUUGAUCACUCUGGAGGUUGAAUAUUCACAGAGGCAUCCCAGGGCACAAACUCAUCAAAUUGUUAUUUGGAAAUUGGAUGGGGAGAAAGCCAUCUUCCCAAAGCUGACUCUUCAUGUGGCUGUGGAGAACAUCUGCACCCGAGCACUGCAGAAUGAAUGAACUAGCCUUGGUGGAAGUCUUUAUCCUAUAGAGCCAGAUCCCAAAUUUCAGAUCCGUAGCUGACUAUUUCAAAAAUUGCACUGACAUGCUUGUUUCAUCACUGCCACUGAGUUACACAAUGUUAUUGUGUUUAUUUCACUUCAAAUCUUAACUUUUUUUUAUUUAAAAACGGCAUCCGGAUGAAAGGGAGGGGUGAACACCUUCCCUGCAAGAUCUCUAAAUAGCUACAAGCCCUCUCGUGACAAUCCCAAGCAGGAAUGGUGGUCCACACUACGGAAGAGGCAGAAAGUUUGACCCGGAUGUUGCAGAAGUACAGCAUCUUUAUUGCCUUCUCCACAGUUCCCCUCACUGCCUUGGGGCAGUAGCAGAAGCAGGAGCCAGGACAAGAUGCUUCCGGUGAUCUUCAGAAAUAAACAAAAUUCAGUGGCCAAAGUAGUUGGUGGUGCUUUUUCCACCUGGUGACUGGUGAUUUCUAUGAGGAAGUAGCAGCUUGUUUGAACAAAGCAUUGGCUUGCUGGAUCAGACCAAGAUCCAUCCAGUCCAGCAUUCUCUCCUUCAAACAGCAGUCAGCCAGAUGCCUCUUGGACUCACAAGUGACGCAUGAAAGUGGAUGGUCUUCUCUUGGCUACGCUCUUCUUUUCCUCACUUGCUACUCAUGCGCAUUGUCUCUGCACAUGGAGGUCCCAUGUCUGAUAAAGUAGUCCUCCUCGAAUUUGUCUAGUCCUUGUUGAGACUGUAAGAUUUGCCUUCUUGCUGCAACAGUGCCAAGGGUCCCUUUAUUUGAGGGGAUGCCUGUAUGUGGAAGUGCUACACAAAUGUUGAUUUCAAUGUCAUCCUUCAUUCAAGAGAUAAUUCAGUUGCAUUAAUGAUGCCAGAUUCCUCUGCUUCAGUGAAUCUCCUAAUCAAGCGACCCACUACCGGCCUCGUCCAUUUCUCGUCCCUAUUCAUAAUGAUUCCAGGUGCUACGUUGUUGGGAAUUAUGGAGAACAAAUGAGGGGAAGAUCUGAAGAAGAAACAUCCAAUUUAAUGUGUCCAGAAUGUAGACAGACCAUACCAAUCUUCAGAUGUUGGGGCUGAAGCUGCUUCUGAGAUUCUUUAAGAUGACAGUGCCAAAGAUUGAAGUUGAGACCUCUAUGUGUGUUUGCAUAACAUGGGCCCAAGCCACUGAGCUAUGACCAAAGGUGCCAUCCCUCUUUCGUGGAAGUUAUGUUCAUCACUGCAUAUUUUUGUGUGAAAGUAUCAUGGGGUUCCUUGGAACAGUUGGAAAGACACUGCUGUAGAAGGUAGAUAAUAAGCAAGUGCCAUCCCUUUGAAUUCAAGAACUGGAAUUAUAGUUCGGGGGAAAUAUUAGCUGUUUUGCGAAUUCUGUGGAGUUGUCUCCUUGUAAGAAUAGUUCUAACUGCCAAAAAAAAAAGAAAAAAAAAGGCCUCAAUCAGGAUCCUUGACUGGAAUAAAUGGACCAAUGGAUAUUAACUGAGGUCAUCUCAUUUACACCUGCUUAGGGAUUAGUCCCUUACCUUCAUAUGCAAAAAUAAACACCCUGCCAGCAGACCUUGGGUGUCAAAGUAUUCUAAUGUUUGCCAGACACGACUGUGUUGUGCUAUGUAAUUUAUUGUAAUGAUGGGUCAAAUCAUCCCCCCCUAAAUUAUUGUGUAAAUCAUAUUGAUUAUGUGUAAUUGCAAAAUUGAAUGUGAAUAGUGUAAAUUACAGGAUUGUUUUUCCAGCUGCAACAACAUUUCCUAUAUGUAGGGAUAGUUGGAAGAAGGUAUUUGGGGUGUAGAUUUACUACAUGCCAGAAAUCUUUUAGUAUGCUACAUUAAUGUUUGUUGACUACUGCCUUCCAAUGGAAAAGAGAGAGCUGUAUUUCUUUUAUUGUGUUUUAAAGAAAAAUAAAUACGAAAUGUUUUCUAACCUUUCACA